CUGUUAAUGACUUCAUCCUCUAGGGGGCAGUCGAGUUUAUCAAUCCUCCAUUACAGUUUGACAGCGAACAAGAAAAUAAACUUCCUGAUAGCAAAGAUUUCCUGAGGUUCAGGCAGAUUACCCUGUGUUCACGCUGGGCGGAAAAAACGUUCACUGGUAGUUUUUGCCGAGUCGGUCGCUGAGUACACUUCUGCGUGAUAUAAUGGCUGAAUCGAGCACCAUGUUGUCAGACAACUCUUCCAUUGGGGAUGCAGUGUCUAGUAGAGAAGAUGUUGAAUCCAUUGAGGAUGAGGGUCUUUACUACAUUCCUGAGAGGAGACCAUCUCUUGACCUUGGACCGUCUCCUAUGGACACCAGUCAAUGGUAUUUUGUGGAUCAGGCCUUGACUCCGGCUCAGAGCUAUGAAAAAUUGACUAGUGAAGAGGAACCAGAAGGCGUGGCAGUCGAGGAGGAGCCCCCCUAUACAAGCGUCCGGCUGGAAAGAGUGGAUUCAUUUUCCAGCUGCUACUCCGUUGACAGCAAUGACUGUGAAAAGACGAUUCCUAAGAAAAAAAACAAAGAGGAAGUCACAGAGCCCUCGAACCAGCUCGAAUUAAUCCAAGAGCCAGAGGAAAUCAAGCAUCCAUCUUUGACCCUACAAUUCACUUUUAAGGCUUUGUGUGAGACCCUGAAGAAGCUGCAGGAAAAUGAUUUCAGGAUGUUCAAGUGGAAGCUGUGGAGUCAUUACCCGCAGCCUUUCAGCGCCUCUCAAAGCAUGGACAUCGUGGACCUUGUGGACCGACUGCUGGAGAGCUUCACCUGUGAAAUGUCUGUGCAGAUCACCAGAACCAUUCUCGUCAGCGUCAGUAAAAAAAAUGUUGCUGAACACCUGCGGAUGUUGUACAUCAAAAAUCAAAUACGUCAUGAAUUAUGUGAAUUGAUGAUACAGAAGUAUAGCGAAGUGUCGAUCACUGAAGGACAAACAAUGCCACUGGAUGACAUCUAUGUAGACGUCUCUACUUUGUCAUGUUUUGACAAUGGCCCAAAUAUUGAACAUGAGGUCAUGCAAAUAGCCAAGCCGUACACCAAGAAGAACCCAGGCAAACGGCAGUCGUUGGCAGAAACAGUCUCUCAGGAAUGGGUAACCAAGUCUCAUGCAAGGCAGGUGUAUCUCUAUGGACUGGCAGGAUCGGGGAAGUCCAUGUUUGUCAAAAAGCUUGCCCUUGACUGGGCUCGAGGGCGAUCACACCAGAAUUUCUCCUUUGUCUAUGUCAUAGCAAUCAGAGAGAUGAACGAGUAUUUAGAAACUAAGGUCUCUCUGAUGGAUAUAGUGAACAAACUGUACCCAAUGGCACAGAGGAUAAAAACAGAGGGCUUGAGGUAUGAAAACAAUGAAGCUUUAUUUAUCUUUGACGGUCUUGACGAGUACCCUGAGGAGUUUAACUUUAAUCGAACAGAGAUUCACUCUGAUGCCACUUGUCCCAUGACCAUGAGGGUUCUCCUGACUAACCUCCUCAGAGGCCGGUUUCUCAGCCGCUCCCGGUUCAUGAUAACGUCCCGGCCUCAUGCCGAUCGCUGCGCCCCGUGGGAUGGGCAUUAUGACGAGAUCGAAAUGGGCAGUUUCUCCGACGAAAACAAAGACGAGUAUUUCAGGAAGAGGUUUAAGGACCCAACUCAGGCAACCCGUGUCAUCGAGCACGUCAAGUCGGUGAAAACUCUCCAUAUCAUGUGCUGCCUGCCCUUGUUCUGCACGUUGUUGGCAGACGAGUGCCAACUCGUCUUCAGAGAGUCGAGAACGGAAGAAAAACUCCCCACGAACAUUACGUACAUGUACACAAAGCUCCUGCUGAAGCUUGUUCACAUUCGUAGAACAAGAGCUCCGGAUUUCAGUCCAGAGGAAGAGCUGAAGUUGCUCAUGGAUCUUGGGAAAUUUGCCUUUACCUUGCUGGAAAAGGGUCAGUUUCAUAUCAAGAGGACGAAAUGUCCUGAGAUCUCUCACAUAGAGGCAGUGAACAGAAGUGGCAUUUGCACGCAGUACAUGACAACUCCAUUCGUCCUGUGCCAUGAGGACGUGGUGUGCUUUCUCCACCCCACCAUGCAGGAGUACAUGGCUGCUCUCUAUGCAUACCUCUCCUUUAGGAACCACGACAAGAACAUUUUUGAUCAACCGAUAAAAUCCAAAUUCAGAUUGAGCACCAAGGGACACAAAAUAAUGGAGCUGUACAAGGCAGCAGUGGAGAAAAGCCUGCAAUGCCCAGAUGGCAAACUGGACAUGUUCUUGCGUUUCCUCUUUGGGAUGGGAUGCAAAACCAACCAAGAACUUCUCCUGCCGUUUCACAAGCCCCCUGCGAAGAUCCUAGACUUAGCUAAAGACUGUGCCUCUCUCAUCAAAAAGAACCAAGGAUCUCAGCAUCCAGAUCGGAGUAAGAACUUGCAGUGUUGCCUGAAGGAGUUGGAGAUGUGAGCCUUUGACUUGGCUCCAAGUCAAAGUAAAUAAAAUGGCCGAUCACUACGCAAGAAAACAAAGUAGUGCACUUUAGUAUCCGAGAAAAGUUGCAUGCAUGGGUAAGGCCCACUGGCAAUUUAUGUUUGAGUGGGAAGCCUAUUCAUAUAGUUUAGGAGCAUAUGAGGAAAAGCUGCUAAUUUAUGCGAAACACUAUCAGGAUAUUGUCUAAGUUAUCAGAUCUUCAUGUUUUCUCCCAUCUUCAGUGGUUUCAGUAGCUUCAUGAUUUUUCCGACAUGUUAACAUGUCAUAACCCCAAACCCCAGUGCUUUUUGUUGGGAUUUUGUUACACACAACAACCAAACAGGAGUAACAGUUUUGAGGAAAGGAAAUUGAUUAAUCAUUGUUGACCUUUUCUUUUAGAAAUGAUUUAAAACUCCCAAUUUCAUUUAGGGUUGGACUUUGAGCCAUUACCCUUCAUUAAUAUGAUAUAAACCAAGUCAUCCCAUCAUAGCACCGUUUUUAUGUAUAUAAAAAAAAUAACGUCACUUUCUAACCAGGGAAUUUCUGGAGGUGGGCUGAAUGCAAACACACACUUUCAAUAUUUAUUUAUUUUUUUUAAUACUUUAGCUUCACAGUUAUGUUGUGCUUAGUGUCUGUCACACAAAAUCCCAAUAAAAUGCAUUCAGGUUGCAGUGUGACAAAAUGUGAUCAAGUUGAAGGUGAAAUAAAACAUUUUUGCAAGGUGCUAUGUUUGAUUAAUCUGCAGAAACCCCGAAUAUUACUGAGCAGAAAUUUCCAGUCCAAAUGAAAGGUCUGGAAAAGGCAGCCCUCUAUCACUGUGAGUUUUCUCUUCUAAAGGCUGUGGCAGAGUUGUGCAUCCAAUGUCUCUUGCUGCCAUUUAUAGGUUUUCAGACGCUUUAGUUUUUUGCUAGCUCUGCAAGAUCACAUAGGGAGUAAUUAUAAAAAUGGUAAACAGCUUGAGUCACACAGGAAUGGAUUUUGGACACGAGUCUUAGAAUACAUCUGAAAGCAUGCUGUUAAAUUAAAGAUCAGAAUAUGUAAGAGUUUAGUCCUUCAGGCAAAACGGUACUUAAAUUUUCAGAAAACUUGAUCUGGACAGUCUCUAAGUUUUGAUUCAUUAUUUAAUUUAUUUUUUGUAAUAACAUAAUUAUCUGUUAGAUUAAAGAUUGACCUUGAAGGAGGAGCUCAUGGCAUGUAAUUAUUUUGAAAACGUUUUAAAACUAAAGUGGAAUCUGGUGUUUUAGGGUAAUUUUGUCUUUUAGCCUCCUCCCUUCCUCUUUGCAUUAAGUAAUAAAAUGUUCCAUUAGGAAACUGAUUCAACACUCAUUAUUACAUGUAUGUACAUUACAUGUGUGUAUCCUUUGCUGUCUGAAAGUUUGUGUUGUUGUGUAUAUAUAUAUGUGUGUGUGUGUGUGUGUUUGUAUGAAAGCAAUGCUACUGAAAAGAAAUCUUUAUCUCAAGUCUUUAUUCUUUGUCCCAUCGUGUGUUUGAUAAAAUAAGACUAUAAAACUUUCUAUUUUAAAUUUAUGAUAAAUAUCUAAAUUUCAUAUAAUCUGUGGCACAUUUAGUGACAAAAAUACAUAUAGCAUGUAUUUGUUGUAAAAUAACAGACAAGACAAAAUACCCAGAAUCAGAAUUUAUUGAAGAUUGUGUGAACAAAGAAUUUGACUUUGGUUUAAAGCACUCACAGCAUACAAACAUAAAAGUAUAAAUAUAUACACUUUAGAGGAAAUAAAAUGAAGAGUAAACACAUGUCUUUACAACCAUUUCUUACUCUUUUUGGUACAUGUACCUGACUACUCUGGCCUAAUUAUGCGCAAGCAUUGCAAAAAUGUCCGCUUAAAUGCAAUAAAGAAAUAACUUGUGGGAGACAAAAGCAUGUUUUACAUUACCCAAGUCUCCAUCUCACACAUAUUUAAGGUUUUAUUUAAAUUUUUAAAAAAGCAUAAUAUCAGCAAACAAAACAGAAGAGUGAAAAGCUUAGUGAUUUAUUUUUGUAAUAUUUUGUUUUUACACAGAAGUCAAUGUAAAGUGCCUCAGUGCUGCAUUUAGAUGAGCGCUUGUUUACCUUUCAAAGUCCUCUAGAUAUUUCUCUCAGCCUCCAGCCAGUGUUUUGCAUUGUACCUUUUUUCUCUUCUCCACACUACUUCUGUAGGUAAAGAAACUCUUCUACCAGAACGACAUACAGUUCAUGUUAAAAGUGCAUAUUGUAAAAUGAACUUUGCUCAGCAGGUGCCUUGAGUGCCUCUAUUGUUUCCCACUACAAUCAGUGUCUGCCAACUUUAUAAACUUCUGUGCCAUUCCUACUGCAUUUAUUACAACACAGCUAAAGUUGGAACUAAAGUCCUCCAAUGCGACGUUUUUCAGGAGCAAAUUCUUCUGUAGGACCAAUCCCUCCAUUAAAGAUGAUCUAAAACAAGAUUUGUUUGCAAUCAGAACCAAGUUGAAAGCAGAAAUGCAAAUGAUUUAAAUGUUAUGGUGUAACGUCUAUUAAAAUGUUGAAGUGA